UGUAAAUGCUUUUAUCUCUAUUUUAAAGCCAGAGCUUACACAAGUGUCCUUUUUGUUUGCAGAGGGAGACAGCGUUUCAUGCUUUUUAUAAACUGUUAAAAAAUGCUUUAUUGGCACAAAUGCUAGAUGAAAUUAUUAACAGGUCAGUUACUGACCUAUUGCAGGGUCUGUAACAGAUUAAUAUAAUAAGAUAUUUUAAAGAAAGAGGACAAGAGUAUCAUAAAAAGGUAAUAAAGAAUAACAGAAACAUAAUUCAUAAAUUUUAUAUAUAAAUGUACAUGUAAGAUUUGCCUCACUGGUUUGCACUGCAAAUUUCUGGCUUGAUGCUGCAGAAUUUCUGGUAUUAAUUUGUGAAUGCAGUAUUUAGGACAGUGAGUUUAGAAGAUGUAGAUUUGUUUCCACCUCUCCCAGGUGACAGUGAGAGCACAGCUGCUGGUCUCUAUGCAACCAGGUCUGUCUGCAGUCUCUCUCUCUCUCUCACACACACACACACAAACACAGACACACACGCUGGAAUUCGCUAGCAGGUUUGUAAUUGUUUUUUCUGCCGCAGCAAUCUUAGCCAAUAAGAGAGUGACUGUUUUGCCUAUGUCACGGAGAGCUCAGCGCAGGGCGACGUUGGAGCUUAAAACCAGCGUUUGCCAGCACCAUUUAUUAUGUUUUUCUAUCCGUGAAGUGCAGAGCUUGACGCUAUGGCAAGAGCCUUGCAGACAGCCCGUAAGUCCACUGGUGGCAAGGCGCUAAGGAAGCAGCUCGCUACUAAGGCUGCCCGCAAGAGUGCGCCGUCUACCGGCGGCAUGAAGAAGCCUCACCGUUACAGGCCUGGCACCGUGGCUCUGAGGGAGAUCCGCCGUUAUCAGAAGUCUACUGAGCUGCUCAUCUGCAAGCUGCCCUUCCAGCGCCUGGUGAGAGUAAUCGCUCAGGACUUCAAGACCGACUUGCGUUUCCAGAGCUCGGCCGUCAUGGCCCUGCAGGAGGCGAGCGAGGCAUACCUGGUCGGUCUGUUCGAGGACACCAACCUGUGCGCUAUCCACGCCAAGAGAGUGACCAUCAUGCCCAAGGAUAUUCAGCUGGCCCGCCGUAUUCGCGGAGAACGCGCUUAAACCACA